AUGAAGGUGGCAAUUAUCUUUCUUGGUGCCUUGGUCCUGCUCAGUUUAGCAGGUAACACUACAGCCGACUUAAAGGGCAAAAAGGCUAAUUGCAUUUAUGGAGUUAUAGGAUGUCCCAGGAAUUAUGACCCUGUGUGUGGGAUGGAUGGAAUUACAUACCCCAAUGAAUGCAGCCUGUGUUCUGAAAACAGGGAACGCCAGGUUCCUGUCCGCAUUAGAAAAUAUGGGCCUUGCUGA